UGUACAGGCAGCUAGACAGAGGAGAGGGAGAAGGAGGAAGGAGAACAGGACAAGAUGAGGACCGCGGCAGCAGCAGCAAUGGACGAAUCGACGUUGCGAUGGGAGAAGGCAAACGAGAGGACCGCACCGAGGAUGAACGACGAGGCAUGAAAGAGAAGGCGCAGAAGACGUGCUCUAACGCCCCAACAUGGAGGCGUAGCGACAGUAGCGUGCGUUAAAGGAGAUCAUUUCAUUGUAGCCUAGCAGCAGCAUCAGCAGCAGCAUCAUCCGUCCGUCCAACCUGAGCGGUGAGGAGGAGGAAAGAGAAGGGGAGAUGGGCUCCCAGGUUGUGCAGACCCUGCGUCAGGGGGUUUGGGCAUCUCUGACCGGGGGCUGGUACCACGACCCGGAUCAGAACAAAUUCAACAACUCCUGCCACCUCUAUCUGUGGAUAUUUCUCCUGAUGUUGCCCCUAUCUCUCCAUCUGGCCCUGCCCCCUACCACCAUGGCUUUGAGCAUCUACUGCACCUCCAUCACCGCGUUCUUCAUCCUCAUCAAGCUGGCCAACUAUCGGCUGCACCUGAUGUUCGACGAGGGCGAGGCGGUGGUCCGCAGCAGCCUCUCUGACCUCAGCAAGGCUCCGGAGAAGAAAAGCAACGCCUCGGACUCCUGCUUGCCCGCUAGCAUCAGGAAGAGCAGCACAGUCCCCGACAGUGUUGCCAUGACGAUGUUGGCUCGAAAGCGUCCCAGUCCGGUGAUCCAGGUGACAGUGAAACAGACUGAAACCGACUCAGGGCUGAUUGGGGUGGAGUGUUCAAAAUCAGAUGAGGGGAAGACUGUGGAAGGGCAGGGUGAGUGUGCUGCAGAGGAGAGGCCCACGGAGGGAGGCCUACACCCAAGCCCAGAGCCUUCUCCAGAUGACCUCUCCAGCCCCAAUCCCGACCAGACCGCCCCCCUGCUGCAGGCCCGGCAGAGGCCCCCAUCCCGAGCUGAAAAAGAAGAGAUGCGGCCUGGAUCUGCUAGUGGGACGGGGAAAAUGGACGCAGAAAUAACUGAUACUGGAACUGUGAGAGAAGGAACAGAUGUUCAGAUCUCUUUGACGGGGACGGACAGAGAGCAAUCAGAACAGGAAAGAACAGUAGAGAAAGACUCAGAGCAGGACAGGAUAGAAAAAGAGGAAAAUAGCAAUGAUAAAGAGACUCUAGACAGGGAUACAGCUGAUGAAGGUCUCCCUCCCUCCAAAGGAAGUGAAGAUGAGAGCGAGGAGGAGAGUGAGGGGCAAAAAGAGCCCUCAGAUGCCAACAAUAACUCACUGGAGACCCCCCCGGACCGCCAGGAUGACUUCAUCGACAUCCCAGAUCUUGCUGCACAGGCUGAGCGAGUGGAGGAGACGUAUUGUUCUGACGAGAUCGAAGUGGUCCUCGUCGACAACUCUGGCCCCACGCCUGUGUCUGCUCGCCUGGACGACAGCGACACAGUCAAGAUCAUCAUCACCAUGAGCUGCGACCCUCAGACUGCUGCUCAGCUGGAGGAGAGCGUCAAGCAGAGCCUUUUGGAGAAUGCACAGGCCCAAAAGGAUGCAGGAGAAUGUCACAUCAAGAUCCCUGUCAUCACCUUUGACUCCCCUGAGGAGGAGAAGCAGGAAGUGGAAGAAGGUGAAGAAGGAGCUGGCUCAGAGGACGACCCCACCCCGAAACAGCAACAGACGGCGAGCCAAAGUGAAGAGUUUCACUUGUGUAGAGAAACAACCAGUUCUGAGUCAUCCACACUGGAGUGUCCGGAUCAGGAACAUCUCGGACUGCAGCUAACCAAUGACAGCACACCGAGCCCACAGCUGACCAACGACAACAGCUCGUCGGGCAUCGACGUCCACUCCCACCCUGACGACACGGACCCUCUGGAUUCUAAUGUGGAUCCACAAGGGUUCCUCCGUCUGCCCCCAGCUUUAGGCCGCUACGGGCCUGGGGGAAGGACUCACAUCCGCGGGCUGAGCAUGGACAGUGGGAAAGAUGCUGUGCUGCUUUCAGAUCGCUCCCAAAACACAACCACCAUGACCAGUUCCAAGUCAGAUCUGGAGGCGAAGGAGGGCCAGAUUCCCAACGAAUCCAACUUCUUGGAGUUUGUUUCCUUGUUGGGAUCCCUCAGCACCAGAGCGGCAGGGGCCAGCACAAAGGAAGAGGAGGGUCCAGAGAGCAAAGAGGAGGCAGGAGCUUCAGAGGAGAGUGAAUGCCAGCAAAAGGAGAGUCUCACUGCAACUUCCAGACCAGAUGAGACGAUAACAGAGACCAACUCGGACAACAAACCAGAGAGACCCAAACCACCCACCAGUCUGGCUACUGACACUCUACAGGCCAUACUACCCACACACAUCCCAAUAGUCUCCCCUGACAGCCCUCAGACAGACAGAGAAAAAGAUCCAGAUUAUGAUUCUCUACCCUCUCAAACCUCCCAAUCAGAGAGCUCCAUGCUGCAGGUCAUCUGCAGACCAGAAGCUACCAACAAAGAAGAGGCCUAUACCUUUCAUACAGUGCACAGAGACAGACCUCGUAAGCUGUAUGCAGAGAGAGCCCUCAACCUGCCACUAGGAGCUGAGCUCAUCACUGGCAACAUGUGUGACCUGCUGUCAACUUCUUCCAACUCGGAGUGUCAGGACGGCCUGGUGGGACCUCACGCUGACUGUCCUUUCCAGCGACGCAUCAUCCCUGCACACAGACUACGGCCACGGAGGACGCACCCUGAGAUCUUCCAGGAAGAGGACUCUUUGGAUGAGUCAUCAGAGACUUCCACUCAGGAGAAACCGACCAGGAAGAUUUAUUACAAACUCAAACUGUUUCCUGGGAAGUUUAUCAACAUUUUGUAUGACCGACUCACCCUGCUUGCCCUAUUGGACAGAAACCAAGAGGUUCUGGAGAAUCUAGUUGCAGUCUUAAUGGCCUUCCUGGUUUCCUUCCUUGGUUUUGUGCUUCUCAACGACGGCUGCUUCAAAGACUUCUGGAUCUUCCAGUUCUGUCUGGUCAUCGCCAGCUGUCAGUACUCCUUAUUGAAGAGUGUUCAACCAGAUGCAGCUUCGCCAACACAUGGUCACAACCAGCUGGUGGCCUACAGCCGAGCGGCCUACUUCUGUAUCUUCUGUGCUCUGAUCUGGAUUCUGGAGCAGCUGCUUAGGAGGAAGGACCUGCCCGUCUCCACCAUGUACGGAGUCACCAUCGUCUGCCAGGACUUACUGGGCUUCUUGCGAGACCUGCUAGUGGGUUUUACACAUUGCUUCCCCAUCACCUUCCUGGUGGGCCUUUUCCCCCAAAUCAACACCUUCACCAUCUACGUGCUGGAGCAGAUUGACAUGCACUUUUUUGGUGGGACAGCUGCUACGAGUCUCAUCUCUGCAAUCUACAGCAUCCUACGCAGUCUGAUCGCUCUGUCUCUGCUGUACGGAUUCUGCUUCGGAGCUCUCAAGGAGCCGUGGGAUGAGCAACACACCCCAGCCUUGUUCUCUGGUUUUUGUGGCCUUUUGGUGGUCUUCUCCUACCACCUCAGUCGCCAGAGCAGUGACCCCUCUGUACUGCUAUCUCUGAUCAAGUCAAAGGUAAUGCCUGCUUUGGUUGAGAGUGAGGAAGAGGAGGAAGAAGACACUGACAUUAAAGACCCGCUACCAGAGAAACUGCAGAACUCUAUGAAGGAGAUUCUGCUGUCGGAUGUUGUCGUGUGCUCCGUUGCUUACAUCCUAACCUUUGCCAUCACUGCCAGUACUGUGUUCCUGUCUCUCAAGCCCUUCGUGACCAUCGUACUGUACGCGCUGGCGGUGACGGUGGGGUUUGUCACCCACUACCUGAUUCCCCAGCUGAGGAAACAUCACCCAUGGCUGUGGAUCUCCCAUCCGGUCCUCAAGACAAAGGAGUACCACCAAUUUGAACCCAGAGAGGACGCUGUGCUGAUGUGGUUUGAGCGACUGUACGUGGGGCUCCUGUGCUUUGAGAAGUACGUGGUGUACCCCGCCAUCAUACUGAGCGCGCUCACUAACGACGGCUUCGACCUCAGUCACCGCAAGAAGCUGGGAAUUCACUUAGAUGUUCUCCUGACGACAGUCGCUGGGCUGAAACUUCUGCGUUCGUCCUUCUGCGACCCCAGCUUCCAGUUCCUCACCCUGCUCUUCACGCUCAUCUUUUUCCACUUCGACUGUCCGCAUGCCUCCGAGAGCUUCUUGCUGGACUUCUUCAUCAUGUCCAUCGUCUUUCACAAGAUGCGUGAGCUGUUGCUGAAGCUCCAUUUCAUCCUGGUCUACAUCGCUCCCUGGCAGAUCGCCUGGGGCAGCGCUUUCCAUGCCUUUGCUCAGCCAUUUGCAGUGCCUCACUCAGCCAUGCUCCUGCUCCAGACCCUGCUCACCACCAUCUUCUACGCCCCACUGGCUCCCUUCCUGGGCAGCGCCAUCUUCAUUUCCUCCUAUCCACGGCCCAUCAAGUUUUGGGAGCGAAACUACAAUACAAAGCGUAUCGACAACUCCAACAGCAGACUGGUGUCUCAAGUGGAUAAGGAGACGGGGUGUGAUGAUAACAACUUAAACUCCAUCUUCUACGAGUACCUGACACGCUCGCUGCAGCAUUCACUCUGUGGGGACCUUAUGUUGGGCCGAUGGGGCAACUACAGCGCCGGAGACUGUUUCAUCCUGGCUUCAGACUACCUCAAUGCCCUGGUCCACCUCAUCGAGAUCGGCAAUGGGUUGGUCACCUUCCAGCUGAGAGGUCUGGAGUUCAGAGGAACGUACUGCCAGCAGCGAGAGGUGGAGGCCAUCACAGAGGGUGUGGAGGAGGACGAUGCAUGCUGCUGCUGUGAACCGGGCCACUUGCCCCACAUGCUGUCGUGCAAUGCGGCCUUCAACCUGCGCUGGCUGGCCUGGGAGGUGAUGGCCACCAAGUACCUGCUGGAGGGUUACAGCAUCAGCGAGAACAACGCCGCCACCAUGCUGCAAGUCUACGACCUCCGAAAGCUGCUCAUCACCUACUACCUGAAGAGUAUUAUCUACUAUCUGGUCCAGUCUCCCAAACUGUCUACCUGGCUGAAGGAUGCAACUGUCCAGGAGGCACUGCAGUCCUACACCAAGUGGCACCACAUCGAGCGUGAUCCUCAGGUUUUCAGUGUGAAGAUUGAUGAGGACUACGUGCACUGCCUGCAGGGGGUGACGCGCGCCAGCUUUUGCAAUGUCUACUUGGAAUGGAUCCAGUACUGCGCUGGCAAGAUGGAGACACCUGUGGAAAGUGAUGAAGAAUCUCCUCUGGUGACUCUGUGUUACGCUCUCUCAGUCCUGGGGAGGAGAUCCCUCGGCACAGCGUCACACAACAUGUCCAACAGUCUGGAGUCAUUUCUGUACGGUUUCAACACCCUGUUUAAAGGCGACUUCCGCAUCGCCACAAAAGAUGAGUGGGUUUUUGCUGAUCUGGACCUCCUGCAGAAAGUUGUGGCUCCUGCGGUCAGAAUGAGCCUCAAACUGCACCAGGAUCACUUCACGUGUCUGGAGGAGACCGAGGAGGCAUCUAUCUUGUAUGAAGCCAUCACAAACUACCGCAGCAGCCUCGUCAUUUGCCACGAGAGUGACCCCGCUUGGCGUAAGGCGGUGCUAUCCAGCCGUGACACGCUGCUCACUCUGAGACAUAUGAUUGAUGACGGCACGGACGAGUAUAAGAUCAUCAUGCUGUACAAACGCCACCUCAGCUUCAAGGUCAUCAAGAUCAAUAAAGAGUGUGUGCGAGGUCUGUGGGCGGGCCAGCAGCAAGAGUUGGUGUUCUUACGAAACCGUAACCCAGAGCGCGGCAGCAUCCAGAACUCAAAGCAAGCGCUGAGGAACAUGGUCAACUCGUCCUGCGACCAGCCACUGGGUUACCCCAUGUACGUGUCACCACUGACGACAUCGUACGCAGGAACACACCGUACGCUCCGCAGCAUUGGAGGAGGGGCUUUAAGCUUGGAUUCUAUUCGUUCCUGGCUCUGCUCUAAAUGGCUACGGGUGCGUAAGGACAACCUGACCAGCUGUAACAGCGGUGUGAACAUGGAGGAUGUGGAGUGCGGUGCGGGCGGUUCAUCAUCGCUGAGCCACAACCGGCCGUCCUCCGUCACCUCCAACAGCCUGAGCCUCUACCAGCACAGAACCAGGACGACACACAGCCACAGACACCACAACGCAGCCAGGAGAGAGUAUCGCAGCAGGUCGGUGCAGCCUCAGAGUCAGCGUCCCCCCGUCAGCAGCCAAUCAGGGCCCAUCCUGGACUCAGGCUCCAACCAUGGGCUUGUCCAGCGUCUGUCCAACAGUCAAUUGUCCUUUAACACCUCCAUAGCCUCUAUUUUCUCCCAGGUCCCUCGUCUCUCAGGGGCCGGUGGGAUUAGCUCGCAGCUCCAGGCGGCGCAGCAUCAGCAGCGCUCCAGCCAGGUGUCCUCGUCCUCAUCCACGCUCAGCCUGCUGUUCGGGAAGCGUAGUUUCUCCAGCGGCUUAGUUAUCUCUGGGCUGUCCGCCGCUGAGGGGGGCAACACCACUGACACGCAGUCCUCGUCCAGCGUCAACAUCGCCAUCGGGCCCUCACACAGGUCGAGCAGCAGAGCCACACAGUGGACGUCAGAGCCAUAUGAAAGUAUAGAUGCAAGCUAUUCCAACGCCGCCGUCACAGCGAAAGACAACACGCAGUCAGGUGACCGAGGCUGCAGCCAGGGAUUAGACAAGUCCCAGGAAGACUCCACAUCUGCCUCAACAGCUCCGGAGGCGUCGGAUCAAAAGACUGUUUGAGAGAGAGAACACAUAUACACACGUACACACACACACACACACACACACACACACACACACAUACUCAUGCCCAUAUACAGAGAGGACUGUAUGAAAAGUUACACACACGCACACACACACAUACACAUACAUACAGAGGAUUGUAUGAGAGAGCACCCAUGCACAUGAACCUCCUCUCCUGUCCUCAGCAUGUGGUCUCACCCUGUUGUCUGAAUGUAAACAAGUCUGAAAACACGAUCUUGGAUCCGGUUGAUGAAAUAAAGACGUUUUUAAAUGAGGCCGCCUCUUUCUACCUCUUGUCAUAACAUGUCAUCUGUGAGUUUUGGGCACCACAGAACCUGGAUUGUUUUACUGUUUUAC